AUGAUAAAAUUAUGGAUUCUCUUCGUUUUGAUUUAUCUUGGAUAAUGUUAAGAUUUCAUAAGAUCAAUUAAAAAUUAUGCUGAUGGAAUAAUUUAAUCAAAUAUUACUUAAAAAAUACUUAUAGAUUUUGCUCCAUUAUUAUUGCCUUUAACAAUUAUAUCAAUUAUUUUAAUCUAAUUGAUGAAAGUUUGUUUCAGAAGAUAAAAAUUUUAUGACAAACUUCCUUAAACUGAAUAAUAAGCAAACAACAAAUAAGUGAGAUUACCAUUUAAUCACAAAUUGCAAUUAUACUUUAUGAGAUAUUAUUGUUAAAUUUUGAGAUUAUUUACACAUUGA